AUGAAGAGCUUCAGCGUCCUCGUCAUCGCUGCGACUGCCGCCACCAGCGUCAUGUCUGCCGCUGUCAGCAACCCACUUGCCCAGCGCAACACUGGUUCUGUCCAAGGUUUCACGAUUGCCAACAGUGUCAUGAAUUCUGCCGCCUUUGAACAGUUCCAGAAGGCCGGGGUUGUCUCUACGGUAAACCUAAAGGCUCGCCAGGAGGCCGAGCCUGACCCGAAUCGCAACGAGACCAACCCUGACCUAAUCUUUCUGCUUCAGUGCACCGAUGCAGGUUUCCGUGGUGACUGCCUUGUUUUUGGUUCCAGCCCCGGCGAUUGUGUCUCCUACUUUGACUACCAGCCUGCCAACUCUACGGUAAUUAGCGACGCUUUCAACGACAAAGUCACAUCUCUGUCCACCAACACCGGUGGCAAGUGCCAGUUCUACAAGUUCAAGGGCUGCGACAACAAGGGUGAUGACCGCGGACUCACCUCUUCUUACAACUACAACCUGGCUGUUGCCCUCCCGGAUGACCCUCGUACCGUUGAGUACGAUAACCAGAUCACCUCUUGGAGGUGUUGA